CCCAACAUCCACCUACCACGUCACCUACAUACAUUCUGAUGUAAGUUAGUAACUUCGACAGAGGACAGAGUUUCAAAAAUAAAUGUACAUAAAUUUUUGUGAGCAUGUUGUAGUUGGUGGAGUUCUUUGUUUACCUAAUCUUCCUUUUUCCUCGUCCCUCACCCUUCAUUGAACUGAUGUGAUCGCUGGUCGCAGUGGUCGCAGAUUUUGAUUGUCAUGCCUGGAAUUUGGGAAGGUGAUGUUGUUUCGAGUGCUCAGUAUUUUUUUCAUUGUUCAUCAUUGUUGUGUACCUAAAUUUAUUUGUGUAUCUAAUUUUCCGAAGCUUGAGAUUGGAUUUUCAAAUUUUUUCCUACUAUGGCGGCAAAUGGAUAUUAUCAUCAUAACGAUUGUUUAUUUCACAUUCCAAUCACAACAGCGCCGAAAUUAAAAGAAUUAGCAGUUGUUGCUGCAGUACUUGCAUGGGAUUGGAAACACUACGACCUUAACCUUAACGACCUAUUUGAUCCAUCUGGAAAAUAUGUUAUUGAUAAAUGCGUGAAAAAAAUGUCAGAAGAGAAAGAAAAAUGGUUCAAUUAUCUGAAGAAAAUACUUUCAUCUGAUAUUUUGGAGAAUGUUGAUGAAGAAUUGAUAAUGGUAUGGUAUCAAAAUGGUACUUUGAAUUAUGAAAAAACCGCGAAAAACAUGACGAUCAAAUGUCACGAGUUGAGUGAUUUAGAAAAAUUUAAGAUCGCCGCAUUAUUUUGCUUACAAGAGGAAAUGAGAGAAAUGAUGCCACGGCUGUUGGAAAGACAUGUUCUGAAUUGCGAAAAUUUCUCUUUUUCCAGCAAUCCUACGUUUUACUAUUGGUAUUGUUUUUAUAGAAACGAAUUGUAUAAGAUUCGAAUUUCAAGAUUUUCUUCGUUUGAAAAAUCGUUGUUCAUGAACAAUGACGUCGAUAAUUGGACCGCGAAAGAAUAUUUUUUCAAAUUUUCGAAGUAUCCGGCCCAAAACGCCAUGUUGCUAAUGGAAAAGUGGCCGCAACUGGCGAAAUUAAUUUUGUUACAUCUGGACGAAAAUCAGCAAAUGAUUUUCAUUUUGAAUCACGCAAAUGAAAUAAUGAGGUGCUUGCGGUUAUAUUACUCGGAUGAAGAUUUACUAUGGGCAUGGAGCCAUAAAAUAAACGGAUAUAUUGACAAAAAUCAAUUCUCGUUGAUAUUCAAAAAUUUAAUCAUAGCCGACACGAAAGAGCAUGUAUUGAAAAUAAUCUGGAACGAUGUUUCGAUAGUUUUCAAACGUCAUACUUUAAGCUCUCAGGAUUACGAAAUUGUAAAUUUAAUUCUGCAUUCGUGGAUAUGGAACGAGACGAGUUAUUUUAUUUGCGAUGUUUUGAAAGUCGCAAAAAACAAAACGAGAAAACAAAUUGCUUCUAAAGAAUUUUUCAAAAAUUACUUCAAGAAAAUAAUUUUGAAUACUCUGAGUAGUAAUACUUUAUUGAAAUUAUGUUUCUCAAAUGAUGAAGAUUUAUUCAGCUUCGAGAAAAGUUUAUUUUUGUAA